GGGGUCUUACCGAAUGCGCCCGGUUCAUGUUGAAUAGUUCGUUUGUGCUUUUGAUUCACAAGCUAUGACCAAAAUAAAUCGGUCUAAGGGGCUUGUUAGAUUUUCGUUUUAUGAAGUAUUGCGUAUGGUUUCUGACUUUCCGAUCGCAGAGUUCUACAGAGAAUUUCAGUAAGAAUCGGAUUCUGCAGAAUCCGUCCUGUUUCCACUAUGGACGGUCCUCAAAAUCUUAAGCAACAUGGAAAUUUAAGCUUCCUGUUGAAGCUGCCAACUGCAAGUUAUCUGAAAUAAUCCAGAGUUCUUCUUGGUCUUCAACGAUUCGUUGGCAAAGACGAACUGUUAAAGGUAAAGAAGAUUCUUUUUCCUGAAGGCUCAAACGGAUGGUGCUGGAUUGUAAAGUUUCUCAAUUAUUGUCCUGAGCCACUAGUUGCUUGAAUAACGGAAGAUUUUCCCACCAUUUUAUGUCUGUGAGCUGAAGAAUCUGCAGAUUGACAGAUCGCAGGGAGUCACUUCUCCUGGAAAAGGCUAUGCAUACAGUCAGCAGAUCAAACUAGAUAGUUACACGAAUUCUUAAAUUCCAACUGUUACCAAUGAUCGAAGCGCAACCAUUUUGGACGCAACAACAGCACUAGAACAAACCGCGCAAUGUUGCUUUUCCAACAGGGCAUCUAUGUAAAAGAAGAAAAGAUUCCAGUUAGCUCAUAACCUCAUUAGUUUGUGCAGACCAGCUUUGUUCCCAUAUCCAGCAAAGCAAAGAUUCCUGUAAAACCCUUCUCUAUUGUAUCACCUAUAUGUUGCAUCAAGGAAGAAAGAAACCAAGUUAUUUCCUCAGAAACCUCUCUGCUUGUCUCUUCCAAUGGAGGAAGGAUCGACUGCUUCUGCCCCGAGGAGCAGGUUCUCAUCGUAUGAGAGGCUGGUGGCCAUAGGAUUGGCAAUUGUGGCCGUGGCCUCGCCGCUAUUCAUCGACCGGGAGCCGGCGGAAGAGGAAGAAGAAGAAGCUGAAUUUAUCAACUUCGCUGCUUGGCUACCGCUGCUGCUCCUCAUGCUGAUCUUUGCGAUUGCCUUGUCGCCUUUCCUGGACAAGAACUUUGCGAGGUUCGAUCCUUACUGGAUUCAUAGAGUGGGAGGUUCUUCGGGUGGUAUUCUCUUUAUUCUCGUCGUUCUUGCUCUUAUAUUAAAGUUGAAAGCUUGAGAGAGAGGAGGAGGAACUCGAAAGGACGUUUCACUCUCCGUGUAAUCUAUGUCAAGAUUUGAGGGCGUUUUGUGAAAUCAAUAGUGAAAGAGUAUCUCAAAGUUUCAUCU